AUGCUAUCGACAACGGGAUUUCAAGAGGAAAAUGAUUGUGGCAUAAACUAUUUCUGGAGACGCCUGUCACAGAUAUCGCCGCUGAACUGGACAGGGUGGAUGGUUAUUUCCCAAACAGUUAAAGCCUAUGUAUACUGCAUUCAUUUAUUGGAAACGCUGCCUAGUAUCUUCGAGAACAGCGAAAGAGGAAUGCUGGUCCAAGAUCUAAUGCCAUUUACUUUAAGUUUUUGGCCUUUUUUCUUCGGUCAUUGCUUUCUCUCACUAUUUUUACUCUCAUGCCAGGGAGAACUCCAGAGGUCAUGCUCACGGACUGUGGUGGAGAAAGUUAGUGAACAGUGCCAGCUGGCAUGCCACUGUAGAAGAUACCCUCCCCUUCCUCCUCCUCCGCCUCCACCGCCUCCUCCGCGGCUACUGGGCACCACAGUGGCAGAGCCCAUGGUGCCCUUGUUGAGGCCCUGGUGGAUGGAGAUGGACAUCAUAGUGCUUGGAACGGUGGGCUGUGCCUCAGUUGUCUUCCUCCUCUCAGCGAUCAUCAUCUGCUAUAAGGCCAUCAAGAGGAAACCACUACGGAAAGAAGAGAAUGGGACAAGUCGUGGGGAAUACGCCAUGAGUAUCCGUAACAAGAAGGCCAUGGGUACCAACAACACUGUGGUAUAGACUGUCUCCGGAUAGUGGCAGGAAGUGACAUCACCAUUAUCGUCAUUCACCUUACCCCAAAUACAACAAUCCCUUCUCACCCAGUAUGCAACUGGAUUUAACCCAAGGUUUUCAAAUAGGUAAACCUUUCCUUUUUGCUUGGCAUGUUGCCCGGACUGAAGAUACCAUUCAGCUCAAGAAGGGCUGUUAAAAAAAUGGAAGGAAAAAAAUAUCAAGGCAGAAAGGACGGCAAGAAAGAUCCACAAACCCCCAUGGUGUCAAAAGUGGCACAGCAGGCUGAACAUUAUGCUCUUAGUAACAGCAAGUGUUGCUGACAGGCUGGUUGGCUGCUGGCUGGAGAGGGACUGUCUGCCAGUCUGCCGCAGAUCCAGACCUCACACACACUGUUGACAUCUGCAAUGGAACAACAGACAAUACAGAAGCCCCACAGUCCCAUGGGGUGGCUAGACAGAACAGCCAAUCACACACA